GAUGUGAGCAGUGCUCAUGUCAACAUUGAUGUGCUACAUGAGGUAGAGGGCCUUUGUCUUGUCAUGAUGUGUAGCUGCAGAGUGGUGACCAGAAAAUUGGCUCUACAUCUUCUCCGGGAAGUUAGAAAUAUAUUUAACAUUUAUUCAGAUGAGCAGUUGAGCAUCAGCAGUUUAUUAGAAGUGAUUGACAAGGCUUGCCCUGCUGUACUGGAAAAACUUAUGCCAUUACUGCCCACAUCUGAAAAACCCAUAUUAUUGACCCUGCCUACAAUUGAUCUGGCAUGGGUUAUGGAUAGAGCAGUUACUUUAUGGCUACCAGCUGGAGGGGGCAGCAUGCAAGAUGGAAAUCAAAUCAACUACAGUUUUCAUCGUGUUGAUAUGUGGAUCCGUUGUGUGGCUGAGUUUGCUUCUAGAGAACAUGCCCAACAUUCCUGCCCCCAUGCUGUAGGGCAUGCAUGGCCCAUUGUAUUCACCAGACUCAAUGCCUUGUUUCCACUGGUGGAUCCGAGUGCCCAACCAGAGCAAACCAGAGCAUCAUCCAUUCUAAGAUCAAGCAAGAAAGGAACAUCUGAAAAAGAUGUCCAUAUGCAGCUUUGGCAAAAUUAUGUUAUUCUAGCUUGCACAAUAGCAAUGCACAGUGCAGGCCUACCCCAGAGGUGUUCUUCUCCAGAAUUAGGAGUGGCGUCAUCUCCUGAAUCCAACUCCGAUAAGUCUCCAACUGUCCAAGCUUGUACUGCAGCAAAUUUAUUCCAGCGCUUGGUGCCUUUGAUGAGAUGUGACAGUUCUGACAUGAGAGACACCAUAGUCAAUGGUUUAGGCUACUGCAACCCUGUGGUCUUUAAAGAGUUGGGUGAAGAGUUACUCCCAUUUUUAAAAGAAGCCAUUGACAAAAAACAAGACAGUUUAAGAAGAAGGAGGAAGAGGGACAUUCUACGUGUGCAACUAGCUCAUAUUUUUGAGUUGAUGGCUGAAAAUAAAGCUUUUUCUCAGAAUGAAUCAGGGAUCAUCGAGCUAGAGACUGGUUCAUUAACUUCCAUGUUUGUGGACUACAUAGACGGAGCCCGUCAAUAUUUGGAGGGGGAAAAUGAUCGUGAUUUGCCCAUAUUACAAGAAAUUAGACUUCAUUUUAGUGCUUUUAUUCAGCAUCUUAUAUGCAACACACCAAUGGAAUACAGAAAAAAUCUACUUUCUAGAGACUUGCGUUAUAGUCUUUUCCAUUUAUUUGCUAACUGGAGUGGUCACUUCAAUCUAACCUUUGGUCCAGGAGAUAAAAGAACUAGCAAAGAGGAAGCAUGGAGUGAGCAGGAGUUUUCAGCAGUUCAGGCCAUGUCAGCUGUACUGUGUUGUGGAAAAGUAUUUGACCCCAAUGGUCUGAAUGACAAUGGAUACAUCUACCAUUGGCUGGAUACAUUGCUUAGCUCUCAAGAUGAAAAGAUUUAUGAACUGGCCAAAGAGACUGUGUUUUUACUGUUGGACUUCAAUUCAGAGGCACAAGGACUUCUGGACUGGGUUAUAGACAGAUGCUACACUGGACACAAUGAGGUCGCUGAUGGCUGCUUUAAUGCCCUUGCUGCUGUAUUUCAAACCAGGGAAUAUCCUUGUGACCACGUAGCAAUGUUAAACUUAGCAGUUUUAAAUGUUGGCAGUCCAAGAAUGUCUACCCAUGAAACGGCUAUUCAAUUGUUACACUUACUGGACCUGCGAUUUUUUCAAGAGCCUCCAGUUUUUAAAGAAACAACAGAAGAUCUCAGCCCCCCUGUGGUGGCCUUAAAUGACACUUUGCUGGCUGUGUCUUACUGCAACUCACAAAUCUUUAUAUCGGAUCAACUGGCCAGAAUUCACACUGAUCUUACCAUGCCCAUGUUUUCUGAAAUAACUCAGAGGUUUCAGACGGCCCGACCUUCUGUUCGACAAACUCUGUUGAAAUAUUUACUUCCUUGGCUGCACAAUAUGGAGCUAGUGGACCCAUCUCUCCCACAGACAUCACCUUUGACCUCCUUCCUUACCCGUUUGACAGAUGCUCAGUCUGAUGCCUUUAUGCCACCAUUGAAAGGGGAAGGUUGGGGAUCUACACAAGCUACAGAGAUGGUGUUGAACAAUUUGUUCUACAUCACAGUUACAUUUGGUGAUGAGCAUCCAUUAGAAAUUGAAGCCCUGUGGGCAGCUCUUGUAGCUUGCUGGUCAUUCAACCUGAAAGUUAUCAUUCGUUACCUUAUCAUCAUCACCAAUAUUGCUGCUACAGACCUGCUACCAUACGCAAAAAGGGUUGUGACAUACCUGGGUAGAGCUAAACCAGAAAAACUGGUUGAUGAACUAAUGAAUGAACUUCAGACUGUGGAGACGCUAAAUGUCAACAUUGAACGUACUCAACCACCGCCAUAUUAUCGCCUGUCCAGUAUCAAAAAAGUAUCUUCAGCAACCAAUGCACCAGAUGAUGAGAAGCAAAUGAGCCCCCCCAUGGACUAUCAGCUAGAGAAGGGAAUACUUCACACAAAGAGACACAGUGCCAAUGAAGAUGUACAACAUGAAAGUACUCCAAGGACAAACUCAACAGCUUCAUUGAGAAGUAUAAACAGUAACAGUACAGGUUCUACCGCUGAACAGCCAGACGAUGAUGUGAUAGGAGCAUCUCCUCGAAGUGGUGUUGAACUCAGACGCAGCGAGUCUCCAGCUCCACGACCGCUUACUAUGCCAGCUUAUGGUGGAUACUAUGCUCCGCUCAAUGAGUGCCUUCCUGAAAACUUCAGCCCAACUCCAGGCUUUCACAGAAGCAACAUUGCAGUAAUGUUCUUAUGUGAUCUGGUAUUGGAUGGCAUGGAAGUGGACUGGUCACCUCAUCUACCAUUAAUGCUUCAUAUUAUUUUUUUAGGGCUUGACCAUUCCAGAGCUUUGGUGUAUGAGCACUGUAAAAAAUUACUUCAAAAUCUGUUGCUGUUGGCAGCAUCACAAGAACAGAUAUCUGUUGGCACAUCCAGACUCUUGCUUUCUUACAGAAGUUCUGUUGCAGAUACAUUAAAAGUUAUAUCUGAGGACAGGGAUGCACAGCUAACUUUAGAAACACCUUCAAGGGACCCAUACAUCCAGUACAUCACCAAAUCCACAUUCAGUAUAGACAGCAGUGCCACUGUGACUCCUGAUAGUAGCAGUGACUAUACAGACCCUGACUCUCUGGGGACAGUGGAUGAUGUUAUUCGUGCUUUGCUCAACUUUAUGGAGUCUAGAAAAGGAAGACCAUUAUGGAGUUCAGAAGACAUAACACCAAAGGUGUUAAGCACACUAAGCGCCACACAUUUAGGUUAUUUUCUCAAGUACACAGUAAAGUGUUUCAAGGAGUUGUCCCCCUUGGCUCUUGUGGAACAAAGGUGGUCACAGGUUGCAUUGCAGUUGGCUUUAUCCUGCUCAUCUCGCCAUUAUGCUGGCAGGUCAUUUCAGAUUCUCCGAGCUCUUCUCAUCCGUCCAUCAACACAAAUGUUGUCCGACAUUUUGUCCAGGCUUGUAGAGACUGUGGCUGAGCAGGGGGAAGACAUGCAGGGCUACGUAACAGAAAUGAUGUUGACAUUGGAGGCUUCUAUUGAUAAUUUGGACUUGGAGUUUAGACCUAUUGAUUUUAUGAGAGAGCUGUUCAUGUCUACACCAAACCUGGCUAAAGACUUUGGAGAUACACGCCGUAGUGCCAUAACAGCACCAAAGCACUCACAAGCACACCAUGCUCGAAGCACCAGCUAUACAGUAUCAGCCUACACACAAAGAGCUUAUGCUGGUGGAGAAUGUCCCAAUUGUUCUUAUCAAGCACGAAGGAAACGAUUUGUGAACACUCUUAAGGGUGACGGCAGAAUAAGCUGUACUGAGGUUGAGAGUCGCAAAACCAAUUUGGCCCGCUCAAGGUCGGCCCAGUCUCUUAAAAAUUUGGACCAAACAGGGACAGAAGACAAGCUAACAUUGGUGACACAAAUGUUCUGGAUAACUGUUUCACUUCUUGAAUCUGACUAUGAAUAUGAGUUCACAUUAGCAGUGCGACUACUUGAUAAAAUACUUUGUCACUUGCAACCUGAGCGUCCAGAAUGUAGAGACAAAUUAGAAAAAAUUUUAAAUCAGAUAAAGUGGCCAAAUUUUCCAGGUGUCUAUAUUCUCCUUAUAAAGGGCUGUACAUCUCACAUGGCUGCAGAAUCAACAUGGGCUCUUUUGUCUAAAAUAAUCUUGUGUGUCAACUCACCUGUCAUUGACCCGUCUGGACAUCUUGGUUUCCCUAUGGUGACAAUAGCUCUGCUUCCUUAUCUAGUCCACAAUUAUGAAAAUCCCAGCCAAGUCUGUAGAGAUGCUGCUGAUAGAGUUGCUCAGAUGUGUGGCCACCAGGGAGAUCGACUGACCAACCUGGCAACUGUUAUGUCUCUGUACAGUCGUGGAACUUUUGGAAAGGACAGUUUUCAAUGGACCAAAUGUGUUGUCAAAUACCUACUAGAUGUCUACGCCUCUAGCGCUGUCAGCAUGGUUAUUUUUCUAGUUGAGGUGCUGGAGAAAGGUCAGCUCAUGUACCAGUCCUCUUGCUUACAAAUUCUGUACUGUAUGGUCCAUUACCUGGACAUUGCCACAACACCAAGUUCAUUCUUGAAUCAAGAGCUCUUCCAGUCCAUCAAUAAACAUGUUCAGACAAACAACUGGAGGGAAGCUCUUAAGAUACUCAAACUGGCUGUUACUAGAUCAUCUACUCUAGCCACUCCACCACCUUCCUCCCAGACUUCAGUCAGUGACCUACCAAUAUUUAUUAACUCUGUUCACACAUCAUUUGCUGAUGCUGAGAGCUUGACCAAAUUUAAUAAAGAGCUACCUGGUCGCACCUUAGACUUCAGUAUAGAUCUUUCAAGGACCCCCAUUAUUGGCCGUAAAUUUAUAUCCUCUGAGACAUUGAAACAAGCAUCACCAGAAGAGAAAAGCCCAGCUACCAGUGGAUCAGCUGUUUCACUGUCACGUAAACCUUCAAACAACCAAGAUAUUGAUUCAGUCUGGCGACGCCCACAAGCUUCUCAGGCUCGAGUCAGAGAAAGACUAGUCAAUCUAUUAACCUGUUUUGGCCAACGUGUUGGGCUGCCCAAGAGUCCCUCAGACACAGUUAUCAACAAGGUGAUCUUCAGCCAAUCAAGUGAUACGUUAGAUCAUCAACCAAGUGUUGGUGGUUCUAGUGGGGAGGAGACUUCCUUGCCUGAAACAUCAUCCAAUGAUACAUUGAUGUGUAAUGAGAGCAGUGGUAAUGAACUGAUGGUUACCUUUAAAGGCUUUGACUUCUUGGAUAAUGAACUGGAGGAAUCUGAGUCUGAGGACUUUUUCUCCCAACUUGUUGAUCGGCGCCAUUCUCUCCAUUUGGAGACAUCACCAACAACAUCAGCCCGUCCUAACUUUGGUAGUGAGCCUAACCUGGCCAUAAGUAGCAAUAUUUCAAGGAGAUCACCCAGAGACAGUGUUACUGAAGAGCCAUCCACAGAUGAAGAGUCUGAAAGCUCAGAGCAUGAAGCCAGUGGUGCCACAGCCACAACAGAUUCCAUCACAGGAUCCACAUCCAUUCAAGUCAAACUGGGAGAUUUACGAUCCAGUCCACUAACUGCCUCCACUCAAAGUUUGUCUAGUAAUUCAGCAAGUGAAACAGAUACAGUUGAUCUGAACUCUAGUCAGGCAUCUCCGGCCUUCUCCCAGCUCUCCGGUGUUCUGCUCAAUUUGGAGGCUGAUGAAGUGGAAGAGGUUUGGAAGAGUCAUGUGACCAAGGUUUUGGCUGAGAGUUCCCUUAGUCAUGUGGGGAAAACUUGCCAGAUUUUCCCAAAGCUGUUUAGGGAGCUGAGAAAGCGGUUAACAACAAUGACCAAAGAAGCAUGUUACUACAUUUGUAAAGCUGAAAAUCUCAAGUCUAUUACAUCUCAAAUUUUACAAGUGUUAGAGUUGGUGCAUCAGCAGCUUGAUUGUCCAUUUCUUUUCUCUGAAUCUGACUCUCUGCUGGGCACUAGGCUUGUUGACCGCCAUAGGUUCUGUGUCCUGGAAAUACAGGAAUGUUUUGAAACAUACUCAAGCAGAAAGGACCAGGCAGAACAGAGUCUGGAGGGCCUUAAGUGUUCAAUCAAACAACAGUCACUUGGAGAUGGAGGGUCUUAUCUUAUGGCAGGUGAAGAACAGUUGGAAUUGUGUCAGAAACUGUACAAGUUAAUCUUUCAACUGGUGCUCCUGUUUGAAUCCUACCUCAAGUUGCUUGACAUGUUUCAACUGGUUACAGCAUCACCACAGGUCUCAGAUAUGUCCGGCCAGGUUAUCCAGGUACGAAAUGAACUUCUCUUAGCUCUUCAAGAGUUAGAAAAUGGCCAGGCCUCACCAUUACAUGUGGACACCAAGGUUGUUAGUAAACAAGAAGGUGUGCUACAACUCUCAGAAUACCUACAUGGUGGAAAAUAUUUGAAAGCAAUACAAAUUUUACGGUGUUUUAGAUCUCUGUGGCCCAAUGAUUUAUUUGGUUUGACCAUUGAGGAUGAUGUCCUUACACUUUUAAGCAUUUACUGUAGCAGUUUGGCUGAGAAAAAAACAGGUGUAUUUGCUUUGACAAAAACCAGCCUUGAACUGACACCAUUGUAUGGCCAGCUCAUGGAUAUCAACAACCGACUGUCAUCCUUAACUUCUUCAUCUGCUGGUGCUUCAGCCCUUUUACUUACCUCACCGUUUUCUUCAAGAGAGGGGGACAUGAGUGGAGGAAGUGGUGAUGGAGGCAUUAGGAAUAUUCUAGAUGAACAGAGGAGAUUGGAAAUACUUUUAAAAUCACCUGACUCCAGCAUUUUAUGACUAUAGGCUUUCACAUCAAGCUCUUAACUAUUGAAAGAAAGAAAAAAAAACAGUUUCCAUUGAGAACUGUUUCAUUCAACACCUCCAUUGGUCACUUUGGACUAAAUGGCAAUAAUUAUUUUGAAGCGCCACACUCUGAAUAAAAUAAAUUUAAUUGACAGGAUGUUUUUUUUAUAACAAAAUGUACAUACAUACAUAUAAAUACAAACACAUGAAUAUAUAUAUACAUACAUACAAACAUAUAUAUACACUCAUUAAUUGGUUAACUUUUGCCUUAUUUUUAUCAGUAACAAAAUAUUUUAUUAUGAACAAUGUGUCAUAUGAUUCUAAGUUUCAUAUACAUAGAUUGCAACAAACCAUACAAUCACAAACACAGUCUCAGCAAGUCUGAUGAAAAAUUAGGGUUAGCCAUACAAAUUGACUGGUGCAUGGGUUAGCCAUACAAAUUGACUGGUUUCUUUCCUGAAUCUGCUUUUGUUAGUUUAAAAUUUGAAAAGGUAAUAACUUGAGUGUAUUUAAUUUAAUAUACCAUAAUUGUUGAAUGUUCUUACACAGUGAAAUAGUCAAGAAUAGAAUAGUAGUACUACUCAUUACUGAUUUUCCUAAUCAAUAUUUAAUGUAUGUAGUUUGAAUUACCAUAAAAUCUGAGCUGUGUGAAAUGAAUAAAUAGUACUACUAGUACCAAAUAAUUACAGUUAGAAAUAUUUUCCUCAAGCACUUAUGGUGAAAAAUGCACAAAAUCAAUCAGUCCUCUUUUUCAUGUUUCUACUAUGGUGCUUUUUUAACCAUUUUAUUUUAUGUAGAAUUUAUACUGUUAAAGCCAGGACAAAAUUAUUUGUUCAGAAAAAUCAAUUUUGUAGAAAAUAUUACUUUGGCCAUUAUUGAUUUAAAAAUGGGGUCACCCAUUACUUAAUGAAAUCACUGCAGAUUUUUCUUCCCCCCCCCCCCCCCCCCAAUACAAAUUAACAUUCAACUUAAAAAUAGUGUUUUCAAAUUUCCUCUCACAUUCAAUCCAGAAAGAGCUCCAAAUUAUUAAAUAUAAAUUCAUGGCAAUCAUUUCAGGAUCACAGUAAAAGUAUUUGCAAUGGAAAUGAAUGUUCAGCUUUUUUUUUGUGCAUCAUGUACAAUGUAGAGUACAUUUAUAAUUCAUGUGUUUUGUACAAUCAUUGUAUAGUUUUUCCAUAAAAUUUCAUUGGUAUAUUGUUUUUAAUAUUUUUUUUUUAAAUUUAUGUGGUGUUGGUUGCAAUUAGCGGGACAUAACUAAUUUUAAAAGGCCAUUGAAAUGCCAUAGGCUUUUCACACUUUGAAAAAAUUUAAAGGGUAAGUAAAAAAAACCCACUUAAUUUGUACAUUUAAAAAAUCAAUUUUCUUUUUGAUGCAACAGUAUAACUUGAUCAAAAUGUAGGGGACUACACGCCUCUUUGUUUAAGAAACCUGUAUGGCUAUAACAUGUACAUUUGAAACAUGUUUAAUCAGAAGAGUGCACUGGUUCACCUUGUGUCAAAAAUACUUCUUAUACAAAUUAUGACACCCACAGUAAAUCUGGCUAUAUUGAAAUACAGAACAACCAUAGCUCUUAACAGGUAAGCAGACUUUGUGUAUAUUCUAAAAAGAUUAUAAAAAUAUGUUGUAAUUAGUUUUCAAAGUACUCUCUGUAAGAAAAGACAAAAAUAUUUGAACUAAGCAAUCUGAAAAAAUUAGACUCCGCUACAAAGUGAAGUGGGAAUUUAGUUGAUCGGACAAAGCUGAAAAAAUGCAUGGAACAUUUGAAGUCUAAUCAUUGAACGGAGUUUUAACUUUAAUUAUUUAUACUGAAAAAAUGAACUAUAAAAACUAGACUGACAAACUUGUUUAUUAAGUAGCUACAUGUUUUAAUUUUUUUACUGAACUAUCAAGCCUCUAUAACUUGCUAACAUCAAUUUUGAGAAGCUUGUAGGUGAGUUGGUUAUGAAGAAAACUGCCAUUUUCUUGCGAUUUUAGUGAUUAUUAUAGAUCUAGUGUGUUUUGUCGAGCUCGGCCUUUUUUGACCUUGCUCAUAAAAGAUAAACAAUUAAAGUGUUUUAACAGGAAAAAGGACCACCUUUCUAAAAAUGCUAAUAAAAAAUGUAUACGAUGGAUGUCAGAAUCACUAAUUUUCAAAUUGCUUUGUUUUUUCAACAUUUAAAAUAUUUAGUCUAUUAAAAAAUUAUGCUUUUUUUUUUUGUUUAGUAUCCCACUAAAGGCUAUUCAAUUAUGCACAUUGUACAGGUAGAUCUAUUUGUUAAGAAAUAUGUUAGAUGGUCAAAAAAAGGCUUACGAGUUGAAUGAGAGGGGUCAAAAUCCGUUGAAAAUCCUACUAGUGAUAAUUUUCUAUCGGUAAAUGAUAUGUAAUGUCAACAACUACAGAAAUUACGGAGGACUUUAAAUUUACUUUUUAAUGGUACCAAACUUAUUACUAUUCGAGCCCUUUUUAUUAUGGAAACUAUGAAGUGAAAGCUACUAUAUUUGGGCAACACUGACGAAAAAGGGUUUUUUACAGCAGUUUGACAUACCUACAAUUAGUGUUGUUACAAUGUUACUAGGUGACAGUAGUAAUCUAUGUACAAACAUUUUGCAAGUCUAAAAUACAGUUUUUAAAAAAGGUC